CACGGGGCUGAGAGACAGAGGAGAGAGGCGGAUAUGGAUCCGUAGCUCUCGCGUUCGUGUGUCUCUUUUCCCGGGACCCUCGUUCUGCUCGCCUUGAAGUCGUGCGCGUUUCUUUGAAAGAGACUUUUGAAAGAGACUUUAAAUGCACGGCGGCGGGAAACAAUAGCGAGCUCGGUCCGGUGAAAAGAGAGCAAGCUGGCGGCACGGCGGGGGAUGCACGGGCACAAUAGGAGAGACCAAACUCUUCUGCUUGAGGAGGACAGUGUUGCAAUAACAUGAUUUUUCAGACAGAUAAACCUCGCUGCGGGAAGCGUCAGUUUGAAGCAGGACUUUUCUUUCACGCGCAUUUAGCGUGAACACAAGGACAGGAUUUGCACUGGACGCCGAGGGGAUUUAACGAUUAUUUGCUUUUUUUGUGGAUGUUUUGAUAACGCCGAUUGUCAAACGCCACGAAUAGACCGAGAAACAAACCAAACCACUUCUGUUCUGUUAUUAUACAGCGCUGUUUUAUUAGUAUUCCUGUUAUUUGCACUGUGGGUUAGGCUAUAUCACAUCAAACCAAACCCAAGACCUAAAUUAAUUGACUUGGUUUCCAGAGAAUGUACUUGCUUGAUGGUAGUUACCCGGAAAGGAUGGAGCGGGGUACGCCACAAAGGAAAACCGUGUAUCGGAUCUCUUUGACCUUAGUGAAAAAAGAGAACCUGCAGGACAGCGGAAGCUCGGCGCACCGGCGCCCGGAGAACCCGAAAGUGAGCGCGUACCGACGGGAGGCAUCGUGUGAGAUUCCGCGGAGCUCUCCGCUGGAAGAGCUGAAAGAAGUGGACGACGAGACGGACGAGUUUUCCUCACACUCAUACAUGAGAAACUUUAGAACUUUUAGUACCGGACAUCUGGAGCUGGGCAGGUUAAAAAUCUCAAAGAGGGCACAGGCGUUAAAUGAAAAGUGCGUUUUGCCAGAGCAUGCUCAGAAAAAGGCGAGUGAAAAUGGGGCACUUGUGCACAAAACGAACAUUCAAGCAAAAGAAAUAGCGGAAAGCAACGUUAAAUGUACAGAAAUCUCAGGCACAUCUGCUGGUAAUGGAGAAAACGCAGGUUAUACAAAGAAGAUUCUCAAGACCUCCAGGAGCACGGAGGAACCGGUCUGUAUGUGGUCAGACGAGACUCAGGCUUCAGAGGAAGCAAAAAGUGUCAGGACAGCCAAAGAGAGCUGCAUAUCCUCUUUGCUGGCUAAAGGGAAUGGAAAAACACCCAAGCCGGCGCCUGAAGCCCCCCCUGUGAAAAGACACCCUAGCCUGCUGCGACGAAGCUUCAGCUUUCGCCACUGGACCGGCGGAGAGUUAAUACGCAUACGGGCGCUCUCCAAAGAGAAGCACCACAGCAGCUCGGGCUGCAUCGGUCGUGAUGGAGAAGAGAACCAGGCCCAGUCCAGCACGGUUCUCCAAAACCCUGCUUUUGAGUCCGAGUCCGAGAAGCGAAACACCUUGGAUGUGGGUGAGGUCCUGAGCAAAACGGACUCCAUGACUGAGCUGGGCCGCAGGGACAGGGCGAAAGCCAAGAACCGCACACUGGACAACAGUGACUUGUUCAAGCUGACUGAGAAAUCUUUAGUGGAGAAGGAGGGUUUUAUUAGAGGGACGGGUUUUCGUUCCAGCGGACACGAGCGUAAACUCAUUCGGUUCUUUAGCGGGAUCUUCUCGAAGCGAGACGGGACGUCCACGCCGCUGAGCAGCCCCAGCAACCAGGCACUACGGAAGAACGGUCUGCUCGGAUCUUACCGGAGAUCUGAUACUGGCUUUUCACAGUCCAGCACGGAGAGCGUUAACGGAUGCCUGCCAGACGAUGCAUUUGUCAACAGUCAGGAGUGGACGCUCAGUCGCUCAGUACCAGAGCUCAAAGUGGGCAUUGUAGGUAACCUGGCAAGUGGGAAGUCUGCACUUGUGCACCGGUAUCUGACAGGGACGUAUGUGCAGGAAGAGAGCCCUGAAGCUGACGUGGAUGCAGGAGGACGCUUUAAAAAGGAGAUCGUAGUGGAUGGACAGAGUUACCUCCUCCUGAUCAGGGAUGAAGGGGGACCUCCGGAGGCUCAGUUUGCGUUGUGGGUGGACGCAGUGAUUUUCGUCUUCAGUCUGGAGGAUGAGAUCAGCUUUCAGACUGUUUAUCAUUACUACAGCCGUAUGGCCAACUACCGCAACACAGCAGAUGUGCCCCUGGUGCUUGUGGGAACUCAGGAUGCUAUCAGUGCAGCUAACCCUCGUGUCAUCGAUGACACACGUGCUCGCAAACUGUCCAAUGACCUGAAGCGGUGCACCUAUUACGAGACUUGCGCCACCUACGGCCUCAACGUGGAACGGGUCUUCCAGGACGUGGCUCAGAAAAUAGUUGCGACCCGGAAGAAACAGCAACUCUCAAUCGGACCCUGUAAGUCCCUACCCAACUCACCGAGUCACUCUUCCGUCUGCGCAGCUCCUGUGUCUGCAGUGCAUAUUAGCCAGACCAGUAAUGGUGGAGGAAGUCUGAGCGAUUACUCGUCCUCCGUACCCUCCACUCCCAGUACCAGUCAGAAGGAACUUCGUAUCGAUGUGCCCACAUCCGCCAACACACCUACACCCGUCCGCAAACAGUCCAAACGACGUUCCAACCUCUUCACGUCUCGGAAGGCGAGCGAACCAGACAGGGAGAAGAAAGGGAUGGACGGUCGCGCAGACAGCAUUGGAAGUGGCCGCGCUAUCCCAAUUAAACAGGGCAUGUUGCUGAAAAGAAGCGGCAAGUCGCUGAACAAAGAAUGGAAGAAAAAAUACGUCACACUUUGCGACAACGGAGUCCUCACCUAUCAUCCCAGUCUGCAUGAUUACAUGCAGAAUGUUCACGGGAAGGAGAUCGACCUGCUUCGGACUACAGUAAAGGUUCCAGGGAAGAGGCCCCCCAGGGCCAUCUCUACAUGUGCCGCCCCCAGUCCCAAAACCAACGGGCUCACCAAGGACAUGAGCAACCUGCAACUUGGACAGACACCGGGGUCUGUGACCAGCAGUUCUUCUGUGUCUCAGAUGGCGAGCGGCAUCAGUCUGGUGUCAUUUAACAGUCGGCCGGACGGGAUGCACCAACGCUCGUAUUCCGUGUCCAGCGCUGACCAGUGGAGUGACGCCACAGUCAUCGCCAACUCAGGAAUCAGCACAGAUACUGGUCUGGGAGAUUCUGUGUGCUCCAGUCCUAGUAUAUCCAGUACCACCAGUCCAAAAAUGGACCCACCCCCGUCGCCCCAUGCCAACCGCAAAAAACACAGGAGGAAGAAGAGUACCAGCAACUUCAAAGUGGACGGCUUCUCUGGCACUGCAGAAGAACAAGAGGACAACUUUGAAUUCAUCAUCGUGUCUCUGACGGGACAGACGUGGAAUUUUGAGGCGACGUCCUACGAGGAGCGUGACGCAUGGGUACAGGCCAUUGAAAGUCAGAUCCUGGCGAGCCUGCAGUCCUGUGAGAGCAGCAAACAGAAGUCUCGUCUGAGCAGCCAAUCAGAAGCCAUUGCGCUACAGUCGGUCAGGAACAUGAGAGGAAACACACGGUGUGUGGACUGUGAAGCCCAGAACCCUGAUUGGGCCAGUCUGAACCUGGGGGCCCUGAUUUGUAUCGAAUGUUCGGGCAUUCACCGUAACUUGGGGACACACGUGUCCCGCGUCCGCUCUCUGGACCUGGACGAGUGGCCUCUGGAACUCAUCAAGGUCAUGUCGGCCAUCGGCAACGAGCUGGCCAAUAGCGUGUGGGAGGCCAACGCUCAAGGUCACCUAAAGCCCGCCCCUGAUGCCAGCAGAGAGGAGCGCGAGCGCUGGAUCAGGGCCAAGUACGAGCAGAAGUUGUUUUUGGCGUCGCUGACGUGCACAGAACUGACUUUGGGACAGCAGUUACUGCGGGCCACGGCGGAGGAAGACCUGCGCUUCGUGGUCAUUCUGCUGGCCCAUGGCUCCAGAGAUGAGGUCAACGAAACCUGUGGGGAAGGUGACGGCCGGACAGCCCUGCACCUGGCCUGCCGCAAGGGGAGUGUGGUGAUCACACAGUUACUCAUAUGGUAUGGGGUGGACAUCAUGGCACGGGACGCCCACGGCAACACCGCGCUGGCUUACGCACGCCAAGCGAACAGCCAGGAGUGCAUGGACGUCCUCCUCCAGUAUGGCUGUCCCGACGAGCGUUACCCGCUCAUGGCCACGCCUAACCUGUCACGCAGGAACAAUAACCGCAAUAACAGCUGCACCAGCGUGAACAGUGCAGUUAUAUGAGACAUCAAACACAUGCAAAUGAAACCAUACACACAAACACGCAUUUCAAUCAACACUCAUUGAAAUAUGUACAGCUCCAUUACUACAUCAGAAUCACAAGCAGACUGUGGCGAAGACGCAUGAGAAGAGCCACUUACAGCCCUACCUGACUCUUAUAAAAAAGGACAGCACCUUGACUUUGCAAAGCCAUCCGUUUGAAAACAUUGCAGCAUGGGAAAUCACAUGGGAUUUUGGGAGGCAGUGUCCAGCAUCUCACCGCAUUAUGGAACAAAAAUGCAUACGUGAAAAUAACUCAAGUCUGUUUUUUGAUCAUGCCAGUUGACACUAUUAAGUACAUGAUGGGAAAUUGGAGUCAGUUAACCGACAGGCCGUUCACACACUAAUAAGCAACCUGCCCUCUGCCUUUUGUGUGCAGUCCAAAGUAUGACUUACAGUAUGGGACACCUUAUAAAACACUGGGACUAAAAAAUACCUAGAAGUUUGCUGUGUGGAUGUGUUCACAUUGACCCCCACCUCACAAAGACACCGGCCUUUCUGUCCAACGAUGAUGCUUUUGUUUCCUAACAAUCUCUCUCUGUUCUCAUUCUACACACUUUUUUUCAGUGCAUCGAUUCAGUCCAUCAGGUCAUUAUGUUUACUUAGUUUAUUUUGCUUUUAAAUGUGAAAGAACGUUUUGAUGUUUGAAAAUACUCAAAUUCUCAAACAUUCUGACAGUAGUAUUCUUUUAAACCGUUUUGGUCUUAACGGUACACACAUUGUUGCAGAGUCGAGUUUGUUUUAUUGUUCAUUACCGGACCAACUGAAGAUUCUUAAAGUUUUAAAUGAAAGGGAAUUCAGAUUUUAUUUCGCAGAGGUAAAGCCGAAUAUGUUGAUGUCCAUCCGUGAUGUUUGUGAAUGCUGCAUGACAGGUCAUCAGGUCUGAUGUUAUUACUUUAUUAUUUGAGGUUACAGUGAAGUAUGUAGGCACAGAUGUGCGUUACAAAUUCAGAAUAAUCUUACUGACUGACAUUGUUAAAUAAUCCAGGACUGAAAUUUUUUCUUAUUAGUAUGACAAUUUGAACACCGAUCUCACAAGCACAGAAUAUCAAUAACAGGUGUUGCCUCUCUCAGGUCAUCUCCACCUGUUGCUGUACACACACACACACACACACACACAGUGCACUGAACUCUGUUUGAGUCCUGAAGCUCAAGUGUCUCAAUGAAGAGAAGGGCUCGCUGGCUUUACAAUCCCUGUGUGUACAUACUCUGCUUUCUUCGUUUCUUAAUUCUGUUGUUUUCUCAAUUGUGAGUAUAUUAGUAGUAUUGAUGGAAUCACCCACAAAAAUGUUCCCCGACCUCCUUGUUUCAUUGGCAGGUUAAGGUCUCUCAUAAAAUGAAAAGUGUGCCUAGUUGCGUUGACUUUUCUGUCCUUGACGUUCUCUUUUCCUAAAUAUUUUCUUAAUCCUUAUUUUCAUCCUUACCUUUUAUCUUCAAUGUGUGUCAGUGAUAUGUAGGAAUAUUAAAGCAAUACGAAACCAAAUGUCAGCCAGGUAGACACACAAGUAAUAAUUUCACCCUGGCGCUCUGAGCUGCUGUUCUUAUUGAGAGACGAAAAGCCGAUGCAAGACUGUGUCUCAGGGCAUACAGUAUAUUGAUAUUGACCUACUCCAAAAUGAUUUCAUAGACUUUGGUUAUUUACUCUCGCCUCCUUUUACUUUGCUUGGUUGUAGAAAUGUGAAGGUACUUAGGGUUUGUGACGUGUAAAGAUUUUAAGUGCGAGUCUUUGUAAUGUUUGAUUGAUGUUCUACAUUACAAACCACCUGGAAAGUUGAGUUGGUAUUUGGAAUGUCAUGUAGAGACGUAAAUAGUUUUCUCACUGGAGUGAGAGUUGAACAUAUUCAUUGAAGGACAGGAGCCUUGAGGAUAGGAUAAGAGACGGGAUUGAUGUAUAGUUGAUUUUCAGCUCGAAAAGGUGCAUCGUUUUUGCCUUGUAUAUAACGUAGCAGGCCUUUUAGAGGCUUUUCUACAAUAACCAUUAUUUAUGACGAAAUGCACUACAGAACACUUGUAAAGAACCCACAAUAUAAUGUCCACCCUGCUUUUCUGUGGAAAUUCAUUUUUUGUUUUGCAUGAACGGAUGUAAAUGUUUUCUUCCCGUGUAAAUGUCUUUGUCUUCAUAAAAUGACUGUAUCCUGAUAGGUGACACUAGUGCGUCUGCCUUUUUAAUAUGAUCAAGUCAUUUAGCAAGUUUUCCUAAACUUGAACCUCCUCUCCACGUCCUCUUUGGGCAUUUAGUCCAUAAGCCACUCAGUGUGGAAAGCAUGAAGGAGCCACAUCCAACCGAUGCCGCGAUGGCAACCAAAGGAUCACGCCCACCUCUUGCGCUAAUAACACACGACCGGUGGGAUUCAUCAGUACGUUCCAAGUCGCUUGAACAUAAUAUAGCCUUUGUCUUUACAGCAGUCUUACUAGCUUUCUUUGUAAAUAGAUGUAAAAAAUUGAGGAACACGUAGUAACACGUUUCGUUUGUUUUUGUUUGUUACCUCAUUUCAUCGACAGCAUCCUUGAUGCGUUCAAGCCCGAGAGACUUUAAUUAUUUAUGAAUGAAUAUGCUAAUCUGAAAGGGGAGGGGCUCUCUCACACUACUUGGGUUUUGUGUUUGUUCUUUCAUUCAGUCCAACCGCAUCACAACUAUCUAUCAUUAUUAGAAUUAUCGGUGUUGUAUUUCUAAUUAUUAUUGUUAUUAUAUUGAGUUUGUGUCGGCUGUACAGUACCGUGUUGAAAAAUUAUACCUGAUGCAGAGUCUUAUACUGUAAUGUGUCUCUUUUCAAUAAAAAUGCUUCUUA